AAGAAGUGUCCGUGUUACCAGACGGUGCCUUCUCUGUCCUGGGUCGACUCACCGAGGUCCGGGGACGGAGUGGCUUCAAAGUAUCUACCUCGUCAAGCGAGGGCUGAAGCCAGGGAGGGACGAAUAACCAAACGGGGACGUCGUAAGUUCGACAGUUUUGUACCGCAUGCGGUUGGCGCGAGCCGGCGAUGGCCCUCCAGUGGCGGUGGCAGUGAGGGGAAGAGAGCCAGAUGAGCAAACUCUCCUCUUUCUUCCUCCCUUCCCUGAAGGCUGCCAAGAAGUCCGUCCAGGAGGAAGCCCUGGACCUCUCUUCGCUCAAAGCCCUCUCCCUGUGGCCCCAGUCCCCCGCGAGUUCCGCCCCUGCUUCACCUAAGCAGCGGCCCCCCUUCCUAUUGAAUGGUGCUUCUGUUGAACUUUCUGAACGGCCUUCUUCAUCAUCCAAAGAUGUCAUGUUGCUGGAAAGCAUUUUGGAUAUACCAUGGUUUUCAAACACUUCUAAAUCAGUCACACUGCAUCGCAAAGAACUACUGAGAGGGAGAAAGCAAAAAUGGGUAUCCAAACACAUGCAGAGUCGUAGGUUCGAAAAGUUGAUAAGAACUUGUGCAAAGAAAUUGGGUGCAGAAACAACUCUGGAGGUGUUUAGUAAGUUGGGUCGAGAAAAUGGCAUCAAAGAGUACAAUGCACUGAUCGAACUCAGUGUGGAGACAGCAAGGACCUGUAUUAAAGAGGAUGAUUCAAUAGAUCAAAUCCACAAAGCAUUACAACUUUUACAGUCAUUGAGAGAACAGGGAUUCCCGAUUGAAGAAGGAAGCUAUGGUCCAUUGCUUCAGUAUUUCGUUGACAUGGGCAUGAUAGAGGAAUUCCAGUCCUUUAGUAAAUUGAUAAUGGAGGAAAAUCCUAGUUCAUGCUUCAGGAUAGGUUAUUACGAGAUGCUUCUAUGGAUUCUCGUCAACAACAAUGAUAAAAUUGAGCAGCUGUGCAGUUAUGUGGAGUCAAAUAGGAGUGAGCAACAUCUGAAGACCGCUGAGAACUACUUGUGGGCAUUUUGUAAGACUGACAAGAAGAACGAGAUCCUGAAAUUGUUGGAAGUUGUGGAUAUCACAAAAGUUUCAUCCUUAGAGUUCCUGACUAGCCUUUUUGAGUGCUUUGGGAGAUUAUCACUUGUGAAUGUUGCCGAGGAAUGCAUUUUGACUUUCAAACAGUCAGGGAGAGAAAUGGAUGAUCUAUCAUCGUUUAUUUGCAGUCUUACUAUCAACCUGUCUAAUUUGAAGGUUGAUGAAGUUAUUGCAGAAUUCAAUGAAUUGCAUGAAAAGCUUGAAGUUCAACCGUCAUCAUCAUCUUACUGCACGCUUGUGACUUACUGCUGUGAUGCCUUGAAGGUGCAAGCUGCUCUUGAUGUUGUGGAUAGAAUGUGCUCAUCAGGGUCAUCUGUCUCUAUUGAAACGCUGCACCCUAUUUUUCGUGCCUGUGAACAGACUUGUGAUUUUGAUCUGGUCCACUCCAUCUAUUCAGUGAUGCAUCAGCUUGGGUUGGAGCCUACUUGUGAAACCUACAAAUACAUGAUAAACUUAUGUAUCAAGAUGAAAGAUUUUGAUGGGGCAUACAAUUUAUUGGCUAGCUUGGAUGAGAAGAAAAUUGUGCCAACUGCAAGCAUUUACAAUUCAAUCAUGGUGGGGUACUUUCGAGAGAAAAAUGUUGAAUCAGGAAUGAAGGUUCUGAAGCAAAUGGAACUUGCAGAUGUUAAACCAGAUUCAGAAACAUUUUGUCACCUGAUAUUUAAUUCUCAAUGUGUUGAAGAUAUUGAAAGGUAUUGUGAAGAGAUGCAGAAAUCAGGUCUUGCUUUGAACAAGCACUUCUUCUUGGCACUUAUUAAUGGCUAUGCAAAAUGUGGGCAGUUUGACAAGGCAAAACAGGUGGCUUUAGACUGUCGGAUACAACCCAAGAAUAUUGUUGAGAUAAAAAGUGCACUUGUCCUAGCUUUUGCAUCAUGCGGACAAAUGUCUGAGGCUCUAAAUGUUUAUGAAGAAAUCAAGCUAGCAGGGUGCUGUCCAGAUCCAAAAGCUGUGAUCAGCCUUAUUGAGCAUACACAAUCCGAUGGAAAGUUAGACCUGUUGCUUCAAUUGCUUGGCGACCUGAAUGAUAAGUCCAGUUGGUGUGAUGGGUGCGGCCGGGUUUUUCUGUACUGCGUCCAGUACAAAAAUCAAAGUUGUGCAAUCAACCUACUCAAACAGCUUAGAGAAAGAGAUGAAUUGGCAGCAGAUUACUUUUGCGAUCAGGCUUUUGGCUUAAUCUAUAACAUGGAUCCUGCUGAUGUGGAGAUUGGCUUAAGCUUGCUUCAAGGUAUUAAGGAAGAUGUUGGUCUUGCUCCCUCAAGAACAAGUCUAGAUUUUCUUCUCAGCACUUGUGUUAGUGCUAAAAAUGCUGACAGUGCAAGACUGAUUUGGAAGGAGUACGAAAAGGCUAAUAUUCCUUUCAAUGUGCUAACCUUUUUAAGGAUGUUCCAGGCUUUCUUGGCUGCUGGCCAGCAUUCGUCUGCAUUUUUCCUUCUAAGGAAAAUGCAAUACACUGAUCCUGAUGUUCGUGACAUUAUCAGGGCAUCAAAUUCUAUCUUUGGCAAGCGUGUGAAGUAGCUAUCAGCAUGGUUUCGAAUGAAACUUCAUAGUGGUUUCCCCUAGCUUGUGCAUCAGAUAAGCAAAGAAAGCUUUCAAGCCUGAGGAAAUCUGUGUUGUAAAUUUCUUGAUAAGUCUUUCUUAUCAUGCAAGUAAAUUCCUCUGUUUUGCAUACAAUAGCUACUCAUAUUUGGUAGGGAGCAAGUUCUAAACUUGGUGGUCUCAAAGCCCAUGGGUCCGGGGGAACUCUGGUCUUUACCUAUUUGAGGCUGGCCAAUUUGCAGUUAAUGAUAGUGGGAUUGUUUCCGUAGGGAAGAACAAAAGGAAAAGGAUUCCAUUCUUGAGCCCAUUGCUGCAACCACCAUAUUAGUUGCGUCCCUGAGUGUCUGUCUUCUCUAUCCCGCCAAAUUGGCACACAGAUAUUUUAGCAACAAAGAUAUGAGACGUUGGGAGGCACGGACAUAUAUAUUUCUGCAUCAAAUAAGUGAUCUUGACAUUGGCACUUUCGCAAAGAAGCUCAGCCAUGGCAACAUGUGACACGAAAAUUUGAUAUCUUUUUGGUGUAUUUGCAUAAUUAUUCUUGCCAAUUUUUUAGGAGAUAUAUGUUCUCAGUUUUUCUCACUGCAUGUGGGCUUUCUUCAA